CUUGGUGCUUUUAUUGUGAAACGAUCUCAGACCGGAAGUACCCUGAGCUAGCUUCAUGGCUGCAGUGACUCGGACCGCACCGUGGAGGCCACCACGGGCCUGUGAGGACUACUGGAGUGAAUUCAGACACUGUAAAAGCCUUUGGAACCGCUUCCACCAUUACUACACAUAUGGAGCCUCCCCAUCCUGCCAGCAGUGGAAAGAGGAUUACAACAACUGCAGACAGUGGGAGAAAAACAGAGGCCCAGAAGCCCAGGAAGCAUUGCAGAGCAGUGAAAGGAAACGAGUGGAAGAGCAGAGAAAUUUUACCCCUGUGUGGGAAAUGAGGCGAGACCCUCCUAGAGACUGGCAUUUACCCUUAAACCAGGAAAAGCCUCAAGACACCUGAACUGUCAGUGACAACACACUGCCUCUUCCCCACAACUGUGGGGAAGAACUGUGAAGGCAAAGUGGAAGGAACAACCAAGAUGAACAUGUAUUUGACUUUACAGACAGAACAGAAGACUGCAGACACUGUUCAUCGCUCCGUGUUUUAUGUCCAGUGGUUAUUUGAGAACUGGGCUGUGGCAGCAUAUGCUCCAUCUGGAAAGGAUCUGUGUCUUUUUGUUGAUCAGAAAUAUUUAUUUCUUCUGAGACUCAAAGUACAUGUGUCCAGUACUGACUGCCUAGUUUUAACCAUUAGCGGAUUGCUCAAAUGUUGGAAUAAAUACAUUAAAUUGUCAUUGUGUGAUAUUUAAUGACAUCUAGUGGUGAUGCUGCAGAUUGCAAUCAGCUGAACACCCUCCUUGGAGAUGGUUCCAAAGAAUGUACCUGGCUUCCAUGUACAGUCAGUGUUUGUUGUGUCUAUUCUGGUCUUGGAGGUUAAAGGGAUGAAAACUCAACGACAGUAGGUAACAGUAGUGCACCUCCACAAUGGAUGACACCUGCUAUAAAACUAAAACUAGGAUGAAGUCGGAGUUCUGUGGAAAUCUGACAGGCUCCAUGAACAGUUACCCACUCACUGUAGAUAUAAAGGCCUCAUUCUUAA